UAUCGAUCGACAUUCUUUUGCCAAGCACGUGUACAAAAAAUUCGUUUUUAUCGAUAUUGCACGGCAUGGAUCCAUGGACCGUCGAAAUAAUAAACGAUAAAUCGACUAAAGCGUUUGAAAUAUGAGAGGAAAGUCAGAAAGACAAAAACAGAAGGCAAAAGUGGCACAGGAAGUAAAAUUGCAAAAACCACUGAAGACCUUGUAAACACUGCAACAGACGGUGUAGCGUAGACAGAUGCGACCGUCAAUAUCCAAUAGUAGUUGACGAGCUCUCAGAAUCAUCAUCUCAAAAGUAACACAUUAACUAACUCGCAACUAAAGUACCAGACAUGGAUCGGGGCUGUAGAUAAAGAAAGGGAUGUCUAAAACUUGGGAUGUCUACAUAUUUAAUUCUUGUGCUACUUUUUAGUAACAAUAUACUAACAAGAAUCUCUUACCUAGUUGUAAAGAGAGUACUAACGUGACGUACACGUUGAACGAUACGAAUAAGUUUGGUGGAUUGUAAAUAAAAGAGGAGCAAGUUUCCAAACUUCCAAACGCGUACGCGCCAUUUUUUUUUGGAGAAUUGAGAUGAGUUGAGAUAUCACUUUCGUAAAACACUCUCAUGGUUCAAUUAUCUCGAUGAGAUAAGAAAUUUGGAAUAUAUAAGGACUAUUUUCGGAUACCAUUUCUAAGCUUAGUUAACUGUCCACAUUCGUGAUACAUUUGCGAAACUAAAGCAAUUAUGAAGAGCUGCUUAGUGUGGGUACUCUGUAUCCUUUCCAUUAUAAACGUGACAGCCGGUCAAGACAAGAGCAGACUUAUUAGUGAAGAUCUUCUGAGGGACGCAAUAUCAAAGGCCAAAGAAACACAUUUGGAAAGAACGAAAAUGCAGUAUCGUGUUUGGGCAGCAGGCGGUGGUCUUGAUCCAAAAUCGCACCAGGCAACAGCUGCAGCGUUUGGCAAAGCAAAUCAACAUGCAAUUCGUUUGGCAAAUACGUCGCUACUAUACGAGUUAGCAUCGAAGGAGAUUCUAAACGCCCUGGGGCAUACAAGGAGGCCAGAAAUUGAAAUUGAACUAAAAAAUAUAGACGUAUCUGAUCUGCUUCCCGCUACCAAAUUCGCAACAGAUACGAAUUGUAGCGACUCGGGACCAUGCGAUGAAUCUUCGCCAUAUAGAACUCAGAGCGGAUACUGCAACAAUUUGAAUCAACCUGAUUUGGGAACUAGUUUGUCUAAUUUUGACCGGUUAUUGCCGAGUGAUUACGAAGACGGUAUUUCCGAGCCAAGGAUAACGGCAGUUAGUGGAGAUCCACUACCAAAUCCCCGAUCUAUUUCUACAACUGUCCAUCCCGAUGUUUCGCAUUUGAGUAAUAAUUAUACGAUGCUGAUUAUGCAGUUUGCCCAAUUUCUGGACCACGAUAUCACCUUAACACCCCUGAAUCAAGGAUUUGCGGAAUCUAUUCCAUCCUGUAGACCCUGCGACAGCAAGCAAACCGUACACCCCGAAUGCAACCCUUUCGAAAUACCUCCAGAUGACGACUUUUUCCCUCAAUUCAAUAGUACCACCGGCGAACAAGCGUGCUUCCCUUCCAUGAGAACGUUACCGGGUCAAACUCUGCUUGGUUCCAGAGAACAAGUGAAUCAAAAUACUCCGUAUUUGGAUGGAUCAGUGAUAUAUGGUGAAAAUAACUGCGUACUUCAAAUGGUUAAAGGGCAGAAUGGAAGAUUAAACUCAUCAGACCUCGGAGAUGGAUCCAAAGAUUAUUUACCAAGAACUACUACUAAUUCGGAAUGCAAAUCGGCUUCAGGAUUAUGUUUCUAUGGGGGAGACGGUAGGGCUUCCGAACAAGCAGGUUUGACGAUGAUGCACACGAUUUUUUUGAGGGAACACAAUAGAAUAAAUGAUGCAUUACAAGUUUUAAAUCCAUCCUGGAGCGCUGAUAAGCGAUUCAAUGAAACCAGAAGGAUAGUUGUUGCCAUCUUACAACACAUCACAUACAACGAAUUUUUACCGAGGAUUUUGGGUGAAGAUUCAUUGGACAUUUUUGGACUCAGACUAUUAUCCGACGGAUUCUAUGAGGAAUACAACCCAUUUUGCAGUCCAGACACGCUUACAGAAUUUGCGGCUGCCGCAUAUAGAAUUGGGCACUCGCUUCUGCGAGCUCGAGUUCCGAUGUUGGACAACAAUUUCGCAAAUGUUGAUCCUCCGCUUCUGUUAAGAGAUUCGUUCUUUCAAACCGAUCGGCUUUUUGCACCAAACAUCAUCGACGACAUAGCCCGUGGCAUUAGUUCGACGCCCAUGGAAGAUUUAGAUCGAUUUGUUACGAACGAAGUUACAGACCACCUGUUUGAAAAUACAAGAAUACCCUUUACCGGAGUGGAUUUAGUUGCUUUAAAUAUUCAGAGAGCAAGGGAUCACGGUAUUCCACCCUACAACGACUAUCGCGAAAUUUGUCUUUUCGAGCGUGCUGGAUCGUUCGAUGAUUUAUCAGACACAACUGACGCGGAUGCUAUACAACAAUUGCAACAAGCUUACCAGAGUGUGGACGACAUCGACCUGUUCCCCGGUGGAUUGACCGAAGCUCAGUUACCUGGUGGUCUGGUUGGGCCAACUUUUGGUUGUAUUAUUGGUAUUCAGUUUGGUCGCCUAAGACAAUGCGAUCGAUUUUGGUACGAAACCGCAGAUCCUGUGGUAGGGUUUACAGAGCAACAACUCGCUGAAAUCAGAAAAAUCUCAUUUUCGAAACUGAUAUGUGACAAUAUUGACGGAAAUAAUAAUAUACACGCCAUAGCUUUUAAUAUUCCGUCAAAUUCGACAAAUCCAAGGGUGCCAUGUGAUUCUCUUCCAGCUCUGGAUCUUUCCGCUUGGCAGGAAUAGUUUAUUUAGCAAUUAAUUUUUUAUAUUAGUUAUUUUGUAUUGAAAUUUAUAAAUAAAU